AUGGAGCUUUCCUGUGAGUCUGUCAGAUAUGAAGAAGAGAGCAGGAGACCGGCCAGCUGUAAGUUUGUGGAGCUCCAUGUGUUGUGUGUGCCAGUUGACCAGUGGAAUAUGAAACUCAAUAAGGUUUCAGUUGAAGCCACAGAAAGCUUCAUAUCUGCUGGCUUCAUCAGAGUUUAUCCUGAAAUCACUCUGAAGACUCUGAGGAGAGAGCUGAGCGCUCUCCUUGGUGCCGAAAGGAGCGUCAACAAAUACUCCUUCCUGAAAUGCGUGGGCCGCAGUCUGGCACUGGUGAAAAACAAACAGGAGGGAGACCUGAAAGUGAAAACCUUUGCCCCGCCCUAUGCUGCGCAGCCAGAGCUUUACCUUUUGCCAGCGGUGGAGGAGGAGAGCAGUUUCUGCUCUCAGUCCUUCACCCCAGACAGCACCAGCAACAGCUCCCCAGACCAGCAGAUCUAUUACCAUCCGCUCAAGAUGUGCAGCCUGCCAACGGGGACAAAAGAGCCUGUUAAAUUUCCCCACAUCGCCCUGAGUUCCAGGCAGCCACCUCCCACCCCCAGACUGGAACAGCAGGAGGAGGAGGAAGAGGAGGAGGAGGAGGAAGAUGAUGACCACAGCUGCAGCUCCUCAGAGGGAGAGAAUGCAGAGGAAGCUCCGUGUCCCAUCAGGAAAGCAGAGAAGUGCAGAGGGGAAGCUGAGAAUGAAAGGCCACUGCAGCUUGUUUCACUCAGGAAAGCUUUAGAACAAAAUGAAGCCGAUUCAGCUCAGCUGAAGGCAGACCGGGAGGAAACCUGCAGAAGGAUCAGCCAGCGACACAGAGAUGGAGUUUUGGGAGCAGCUGAGUCUCCUGGAGACAGAGACUCGGGUUUCUCCUUUACAAAUGGGGUUGGGAAAUCCAAAGACGCGCCGACACUGACGUCCAUCAGAGAAACAACCACAGCCGGGGUGGCGGGAGGCCCGGCGGCUCCGUCUCAGCCCGUUAUCUGCACCUCUCCACCUCCAGGUCUCCAUCCAGCCGCAGUCAUCGGUAAAAAGGCCGACGCUUCUGCAGGCUGCCACACAAAUAGAGAAGCUCUGGCUGCGGAUAUCAAGAUGGUGAGGGAGGAACGGAAGCAGCUGGAGUGGACGAGGCAAGAACUGCUAAGAAAGGGGAAAGACCUGUUAGCCCAAAAUAGACACCGCAGAAACCAAGCCCGCGACAGCUGGAAAAAGAAAUACUUUGAAACAAAGAAGGCCACGGCCCCGUUGGAGGACAAACUGAAAACCUUAAGACAAGAACUGGAGACGUUUUACAAUAAGCUCCUACAUCAGCUGCAGGCCAGAGACAACAGAGAGAAACCACGACGGCAAGGGGGCUCUUCAAUAAAGAAUGAGCUCAUAAUCAAGAUCAUGACGGAAAACUACGACAUUGACGACCUGAAAAGGAAAGUGGAGGAUGCCAGGAUGAAGCUGAGAGCAGAGAUGAAACUGAGGAAGCAGGCCGCCACCGAGCUGAGAGCCCUGAAGGCCGAGCUGGCCCAAAAGAAGGGUCAGUCGUCUCCGGCCAAACUGAUGGGAAACUCUACAUGGGACAGACCACGCACUCAGAGCAGCUCCAUCUAA